AGACUUUUUUCCUCCUUUCGCUUUCCGUUCUCGCAGCAUGGCGGCCCCCGUGGUCCGGCUGUGGCUCGGCCUUCAGCCGGGGGUUAGGACUUUGAGUACCCUCUCCGCCGCCGUGUCCCCGGCCACUCACGCUCGGAGACCUGGCCUGCGUACAAUAGAAAGAACAUCCAAAAGUGAAAGGCAGCUGAGAAGAAAGGCACUGCCUCCUAGGACAGAGAAAAUGGCUGUUGACCAGGACUGGCCUAGUGUUUAUCCUGUUGCAGCACCAUUUAAACCCUCCACAGUACCUCUACCUAUUCGAAUGGGUUAUCCAGUAAACAAAGGAGUGCCUAUGGCAAAGGAGGGAAAUCUGGAACUUUUAAAGAUUCCCAAUUUUCUGCAUUUGACUCCUGUAGCAAUUAAAAAACACUGUGAAGCUCUUAAAGAUUUCUGUACUGAAUGGCCAGCUGCACUAGACAGUGAUGAGAAAUGUGAGAAGCAUUUUCCGAUUGAAAUUGACACAGCUGAUUAUGUUUCAUCAGGACCAUCUAUUCGAAACCCUAAAGCUCGAGUAGUAACCUUAAGGGUGAAACUUUCCAGUUUGAAUUUAGAUGAUCAUGCAAAGAAGAAACUUAUUAAACUUGUAGGAGAACGAUACUGCAAGACCACAGAUGUACUUACCAUCAAAACAGAUAGGUGCCCUUUAAAAAGACAGAAUUAUGAUUAUGCAAUGUAUCUACUAACAGUUUUAUACCAUGAAUCUUGGAAAACUGAAGAAUGGGAAAAAAAUAAGACUGAAGCAGACAUGGAAGAAUAUAUAUGGAAAAAUAGUGCCUCAGAAAAAAAUAUCCUGGAAACACUUCUUCAAAUUAAAGCUGCUGAGAACACAGAAGUAAAUAAAGAAGAACUUCUUGGGUUCUUCAUGUUAUUUCAACUCUUUCUAUGUUCUGGAGCUCAUUUUGGCAAACCCAAGCUAGCAGAAAAAUACAAGUGGAUAUUAGCUGGUAUUCAUCUCUCUGAUGGCCCAGUUAGGGAUGCCACAACUCGAGAACGAGAUGAGGAUUAGGGCCUUGAAUUUCAUUGGAGUAAGUGGCAAAAUGAAAACUGCUUUUAAAAACAUUCCAUUCAUUUGUCAAUUCAGUGUUUGGUUUUGGUUUUGGUUUUUGUGCUGGGGUUUCAACCCAGGGCCUCCUGCAUGCUAAGCUCACUCUGUACCAUGGAGCUAUAUACCAGCAGCCCCAACUCAGUAUAUUACAAGUUACUUUUACCAUUUCCAAGUUGUUAACAGGUGAUUAAUUUAAAUCACAAUGAAGGAAUUAUUGAGAUUGCAUUUACCUAACAGAUGUAUUUUGCCUAACAGAAUUAGAGAAUAUAAAUGAAAGUCAAAAGGAGUUUCAAACCAGUUGUCUAAAAUAUUUGUAAAAUGAUAGUGUGAUUUGGUAGUAGUAAAACCAAAAGUCUACAGGUUAUAAAAAGGAUGAAAAUGUUGCCUGGAGUACCAAACAACAACAACAAAAAAGAAUGAGCAGUAUGUUGUGUUCCAAUUGGAUACAGACAGUGAAUGAAAUGCAAGACAGUUAAAAAUGACUUUUUCAAUCAUGUUAGAGCAUACCUGAAGAAAUAUGUCAGCAUAUUUAAAAUUCUGUGGUGUAAAGGAAAACAGAUACAGACAGAGUUGAAAAAGGAAAUAUUUUGAAAGCAGUAAAAGCUGAGGGGGUGAUAAUUUGCCAUCAUGUCAGGAGGCAUCAGUUGGGGUAAUCAUUCAGUGCAGAUGAAAGGUGAGGGAAUAGUACUAUGCAAAGAAGAAUUUGAUCUUGCCAAAGAUAGAUCUGGCCUUUGCUCUCUGCCUCUGGUAGGCAAUCUACAUCAUACCUGAGAGGAGUAUCUUUAUUUAGGGUGGGGGGCAGCCCCCAAGAAUCUGAGGGUGGGACCAGCCAUGCCAAAAAAUAAAUAAAACUCACAAUUCAGGGUGGGAGUUUUGGGUCACACAGUGUCAGUCCACCUAGCACCUGAGAUCAACUACCCCUGUGAUCUAGUCAGUUAUACCUGUGUGAUGGUUGCUUCUCUUGUGGGUGAUUUUAACCUGUGCUUUCACUAUGAUAAACCACACUGUGCAAGUAAUAACUUUCAUUGAAUUCUGCUAAGUUUUUCUAGUGAAAAAAAAAUUUUUUGUACUUGAGAUUUAACCCAGGAGUGCUUUGCCACUGGGCCAUAUCCCCAGCCCUUUUCAUUUUUUAUUUUAGGGACUUAGUUGCUAAAUUGCUGAGUUGCUUAAGGCUUAAUUGCUAAAUUGCUGAGAUUGAUCUAGAACUUACAUUCUCUUGCCUUAGCUUCCUGAGCUGUUUUGAUUACAGGGAUGCCCUAUUGUGCCCCACUCUCUAACCUGAGGGUGGUUUUGCAAUCACCUGCAAACUUAUAGUUUGUGUCAGAAGUGAGGACAGUGUUUGAUUUAGAUGUGGUGUUCCCUAAAAGCUCACGUGAGACAAUGCAAAAAGCUUCAGAAGAGAAAUGAUUGGGUUAUGAGAGUCUUAACCCAAUCAGUGAAUUAAUCACCUGAUAGGGAUUAACUGAAAAUUUAAAUUGAGGGUGGGACUGAAGGAUGUGAGAAUUGGGAUGUGGUUUGAGGGUAUGUAUUUCUAUCUCUCUGUGCUUCCCGAUCAUGAUGUAAGCUGCUUCCCUCUGCCACACUCACCCACCAUGAUAUUCAGCCUCACCUCUAGCCUUGAGGAAUAGAGCCAGCCUUCUAUGGACUAAGGCCUCUGAAACCGUGAUCCCCCAAAUAAACUUUUCCUCUACAGUUGUUCUGGUUAGGACCUUUUAGUCAUAGCAGUGAAAAAGCUGACUAAAACAGACAGCCUUGUAGGGGGCUGUGUCCUCUCAACUUUUGUAGUUUGCCAAUUCCAAGUAACUGACUUGAGGCUGAGGGUCAUAGCCAUUGACAAGUUCAACUGCCUAAACUGGGUAUGGUGGCACACACCUGUAAUCCCAGCAACUGGGGAGGCUAAGCAGGAGGAUUGCUAGUUUGAGGCCAGCUUGGACAAUGUGGUGAGGCCCUAAGCAACUUAGCAAAAUCCUGUCUCAAAAAACUAAAAAAGGGCUGGAGCUGGAGCCCAGUGAUGGAAUGUCUCUGGACUCAAUCCCUAGUCUCUGGACUCAAUCCCUAGUACUGCAACAGUAUCUCAAAACUUGUUGCCAUCAUUAUAAUUUUAGCAGUAAUGAAGUGGCUUUUUUUGUCAUUAAUUACCUCCUUGUCCUUUAAAAUCUGUUAGUUGAUACAAUAUAUACUAUGAACAUUAUCAUAUUCAUCCUUAAGAUAGGGACUCUAGGGUAUAUAUUGAUAGUGCAGUCAUUUCUUACCUCAAAUUCUGUUGUAUCAUUCAGAAGUUGCUUGAACACUUAGGCAACUAAGAAGUAGAUCAAAUCUGCUUUCUGAAUUGUGGGUUUUUGUUUUUUCUUUGCCUGUUUUCAUUCCAACCCAAGUAUGGUAGUGCAAGGCUAUAAUCCCAGCUACUUGGGAGGCUGGGGCAGUUUUGGUAUUUCAUAAAAUUGAACAGUUACAGACUUUUUUUUUUUUCUUUAAAAAGUCUGGUGAGUUAUAUUGUUAAGAAGAUUCCAUGGUUACUUCCUAAGUGGGCUUAACAACCUUAGCCUUAGUUACUGACUGGGCCCUCAGAUUUUUUAUUGUUUCUUAAUAAAAUUUUAAAUCUUA